GGCCGAGCGCGUGCGUCCGGACUGCUGCAGCAUCACACACCUCUCACUCACCUCACACGCACUGAUCUUCAGACUGGAAUAGCAGGCAGAGCUGCAGAUCGUUCAGGAGUGCAAGCCACCGCGUUGUAAUUAGCGCUAAACGCAGGUAGCCUAUAACGAGUUUGCGCACAGAGAGGAGGUGUUCUGUUUGGGCUGGAUGCUGGAAGACUCCUAAACUGCGCAUCUUCAUCACAUCCAAGCAACUCCUGCGUCGAGUCUGCUUUGAAUUGAGCGUCUGCGAGCGCUCUCCACGCCGAGGCUCGCCCGCGUUCACGCAGUUGAGCUACUUUUCCCAAAUCGUAGCGCAACGCAGCGCAGCGCAAUGGCUGAUCCAGGCGCAGAAUGCAACAUUAAGGUGCUGUGCCGGUUUCGUCCCUUGAAUCAAUCCGAAAUUGUGCGAGGAGACAAAUUCCUGCCCGUUUUCCAAGAAAAUGACACUGUUAUCUUGGGGGGGAAGUCUUUUGCAUUUGACCGAGUCUUUCCAACCAACACCACACAAGAGCAGGUCUACAACAGCUGCGCCAAGCAGAUUGUUACAGACGUGCUGGGUGGAUACAAUGGCACCAUAUUUGCUUAUGGACAAACAUCUUCAGGCAAAACCCACACCAUGGAGGGGAAGCUUCAUGAUCCCAACAACAUGGGCAUUAUUCCGAGAAUUGCUGACGACAUCUUCAACCAUAUCUUUGCCAUGGAUGAAAACCUGGAAUUCCAUAUCAAGGUUUCUUAUUUUGAAAUCUACAUGGAUAAAAUCCGGGAUCUGCUUGAUGUGAGUAAGACCAACCUGUCAGUGCAUGAAGAUAAGAACAGGGUGCCGUAUGUUAAGGGCUGUACAGAGCGCUUCGUCUCCAGUCCUGAGGAGGUGAUGGAUGUGAUAGAUGAAGGGAAGUCUAACCGUCACGUGGCUGUUACCAAUAUGAACGAGCACAGCUCGAGGAGUCACAGCAUCUUCCUCAUCAAUAUCAAACAAGAGCACAUAGAGACAGAGCAGAAACUGUGUGGAAAGCUCUAUCUGGUGGAUUUAGCUGGGAGCGAGAAGGUGAGUAAGACUGGGGCAGAAGGUUCUGUUCUGGAUGAGGCCAAAAACAUCAACAAGUCCCUGUCUGCACUGGGCAACGUCAUUUCAGCUCUAGCCGAGGGAACGAAGGUUCACGUGCCGUACCGAGACAGCAAGAUGACGCGGAUCCUGCAGGACUCUCUGGGGGGAAAUUGCAGAACCACCAUGUUCAUCUGCUGCUCCCCGUCAUCCUUUAAUGAGGCCGAGACCAAAUCUACGCUCAUGUUUGGACAACGUGCUAAGACCAUCAGGAACACGGCCUCUGUGAAUCUGGAGCUGACAGCGGAGCAGUGGAAGAGGAAAUACGAGAAGGAGAAGGAGAAGAACAAGAGUCUGAAGGAGAGCAUCCAGAGACUGGAGGCUGAGCUGAACCGCUGGCGUAAUGGGGAGGCCGUCCCCGAGGUGGAGCAGGGUGGUCUGUAUGCUGUCGAGAGUGAGCUCAUUGAAGAUGCUGCUAUAGAGGAUAACAGCAACAUCGGCAGCAGCAGCAGCAGCAGCAGCAGCAGCAGCGUCACUGUUCCCACCUCCAUCCCCGUCACAGCUUCAGACGAGGAGAUGCGUGAACUCUACAAGCAGCUCGAUGACAAGGAUGAUGAGAUUAACUUGCAGAGUCAGCUGGUAGAGAAGUUGAAGAAGCAAAUGCUGGACCAGGAGGAGUUAUUGGCAUCGUCGCAUGCGGACAGUGAUCGUGUGCAGAGUGAGCUGACCCGCCUGCAGGCCGAGAGCGAGAACGCAAAGGCAGAGGUUAAGGAGGUCCUGCAGGCUCUGGAGGAACUGGCUCUCAGCUAUGACCAGAAGAGUCAGGAGGUGCAGGACAAGAGCCUGCAGAACAAGCUGCUCACAGAGGAGCUUGCCCAGAAAAUGACGGAUAUGAUGUGCUUGGAGACGGAGUUCUCUCGGCUGAAGGAAUUGAGUGGUCAGCAGAAGAAGCGUGUCACUGAGGUUCUGAACACCCUGCUGAAAGACCUGAGUGAAUUCAGCACCAUCCUGGGCAGCAGCGAUAUCCGACUGCCGCGUGAUCUCUCCGGUGUGCUGGAGGAGGAGUACGCUGUGGUGUGUGUGUACGUGAAUAAGGUGAAGUCGGAGCUGAAGUCGGUAGUGAAGCGCUGCAGGCAGCUGGAGAACGUGCAGAGCGACUGUCACCGCAAAAUGGAAGAGACCGGAAGGGAGCUGUCAUCCUGCCAGCUCCUGAUAUCACAGCAUGAGGCGAAGAUCCGUUCUCUGAGUGAGUACAUGCAGAACAUGGAGCUGAAGAAGAGGCAGCUGGAGGAGAACUAUGACUCUCUGAGUGAAGAGUUCUCAAGACUACAAAAUACAGAAAGCCUUCAAGACAACCAACACGACAGUGAGGAAUCUGGAAAUGUUAAGCAGCGAGAAAAUCAUCGAGAAUCGCAGCACAAGCAGCUCGGACGCCUGCGUGACGACCUCAACCACAAACAGAAGCUGAUCGAUGAGCUCUCAGAUAAAAACCAGCGGCUGGUGUUGGAGCUCGACCAAUUGCAUGCAGAGUUUACAGGACUGAAAAACAGAGAGCAUGAGAAAAGCAUCCAGUUGGAGGAACUCAUAUAUCUCAACGAACGCCACGAACAGGCCAAGAAGGACAUGAAAGGGCUGGAAGAGACUGUUGCUCGUGAGCUCCAGACCUUGCACAACUUGAGGAAGCUUUUUGUUCAAGACCUCACGACUCGAGUUAAGCGAAGCGCAGAAUUGGAUCCUGAUGAUAGUGGGGGGUUUUCCACCCAAAAGCAGAAGAUUUCCUUUCUUGAGAACAACCUGGACCAGCUUACAAAAGUGCACAAACAGCUUGUCCGUGAUAAUGCAGAUCUGCGCUGUGAGCUUCCGAAGCUGGAGAAGCGUCUUCGCUCUACGGCUGAGCGAGUUCGGGCGUUGGAGGGUGCACUGAAGGAGGCCAAAGAGGGAGCCAUGAAGGACCGGCGCCGCUACCAGCAGGAAGUGGAGCGCAUCAAGGAAGUUAUGAGGGCCAGAAACCCUUUCCGCCGCCCUCACGCUGCUCUGAUUGCCAAACCAAUUCGCCCAGGGCACUACCCCGUCUGCGCUCCAGUCAAUCACAUGUUUAUGCGCAGCAGUGAUCCACCAAUCACAUUUAAGAAUGCAAUGUUCCAGAGUGAUGCUCAAUCACUAUUUCCACCCACUGUACCAACCCACAUGAGCUCUGACUUGAGUCAAAUCAACAAAACUCCAGUGGACAGACACAAGACAGCAAAUUCCACAGAAUCUCUGGACUCCACUCACAAGCUCAAUGUAACCAAUGGUAAUGCCACAGACAUCAAUGACAACAGUGUUCCUCUCAGUGACUGCAGUGGCACAUCUGACCAGCUGAACCAACAACAACACAUCUUCCAGCAGGAGCCUGCAGCCAGCUAAUCACUUAGUGCAGAUGGCGCAUUGUGAAUCCUGCUCUGUAUAUGUGCAUGCUGCCUGCAACGAAUCCUCAGUGAAGCCCUUCUGCCUACUGUUUAUUAACCCAUCUCCCAUUAUGUUUUGAGAUUUCAUAUAGUGUGAUAUUUAUUGAGAGGUAUUUAUUGUGAUAAGCUGCUGUGAGACAGAUUGUAAUGGUAUUUUAUCCUCUACUACACUAUUAAGUUAUUCAUAUGACUGGGAGGAGCACUGAAAGGAGGUAGUAAAACAUACACCCAGCAGACGGCACUAGAAGAGAAGCCCUGAGUCACUUUCUGCUGCUUUCUAAUCUUAAUGUGUUGCAUUACAACAACAGUGAAAAUAAGCUAAAGGGGACAUAUUGUGUAAAACUCACUUUUGGCGUGCUUUCGUAUUUCCACUUGGGUCUCGAUUGCCCCUAAAAAAAAAACAAAAAUCCAUCUGUUUUCUGUGAAUUAGCUGAAAUACUGAUAUUUAUACCAGGAAUCAAAUGCUUCUAUGAGCCAUUUACAUAGAACCACCCUGGCACUGCCCCUUACUUAUCAACCCCCACCAGAACCCAACUCACUUAAUCAGCUGAAGAUCUGCCAUUUCGAUCAUCUUGGUUGAGAACCUCAGACAGUGCACACCAGGAUUAGCCAGCAGACCUCUUGUGAAGGAGGAAUCUGUAUCUACUAUUUGUGACAAGGCAUCAGAUGAGUGAGAUGCAAGUACUUUCAAAUAACAAAUAGAGUUUUGUGCUUCUAUUGCAGUUAAGCAUGAACUAGCUUGUUCGUGUUUUGCCAUUUACCUCAAACUAACACUAACAUGUGGUGAACGCUAAGUGUAAACAUGGAGCAACAGCUUAUUUGCAUAAAAGUGACAGAGCCUUAAAUGGCUCAUUCUGAAAGGGACUGAGCUGGUGAGAUCUCUUGAUGUGAGAGAGAUUUUAAGCAAAAAAGUUUAAUGAAUGCAUAAACCUAUUCUAACUUGUGUAAAAACGAGGUAUAAUAUGUCCCAUUUAAUAAAAGGUAAUGUAACUGGGGGAUGCACAUUUAUGUUUCAUUUUUAUUAGCUUUAAUCUUUCAGUCAGGAUUUAUAAAUAUCACCCUAAUGCUCCAAAAAAUAUAAUUUUUUUGGAAGGAAUACUAUAAAAUAUACUAUAUAAAAAAAACUUAAUUCAUUUUGGGAUUCUCUCUAACUAACUCAGUGUUUCCAGAAAAUUCCAGAUAAGCCUGCUGUCUAAUUUUACAUAGCGCCACCUGCAGAAUGAUAUGGGCCAGUGACUCAUCUCCCAAACAAUGCUUUAAAGAAACAGAUGUUUCUCAAAUGAGUAGAAAAGUUUCCUGUAACAUGCUGUACUGAAAAGCACCAGUAUGAGAUUGUGAGGGAAAAUGUGUAGCAACUAUUUUUAUACAUAGAGUUAAAUGAAUAUGUCUACUGAUUUAUUCAUGUACAUAUAUAUAUAUAUAUUUGGUGUGAGUAAAUUUAUAUGAAUGAUCUUAUUUAUUGUACCAUUACUCUCCUAGGCUAGACAUAAUUUCCAUACAGGAUGAUGAUGAUGAAUCUGAGGAUGAUGAAUAAUUCAAGAGGCAUUAUAUAAUCUGUCGUUUGUAAUAUUAAAAUUAAAAGGCUCAUGAGUGAUUAAUGAAUGUAUAAAGAGAAGAAAAGUCAGAAACAUGAGAACACAUAUCAGCACUACCAUAACAAAACCUUCUUUUCUGAUGUUUAAUGUACAUUAAUGUAGGAAAAUUGUUUCUCAAACUAUGUUGGAGCCUUUCUAUUGGUAAUUUCUUUGUGAAAUAUUCACAACUAUGUAAAAGGUAGAUUAACAAAUAAAAUAAAUAAAAAACAAUUGAGACAAUUGAAUAACGUGGUUUAAUGUUAAAAUACAAUUUUCUAUAAUUAGAAUGUAAUUGGAUCAGCCUUCACAUACAUUAUUUUGUGAUAUUUGUAGCUUUAACACAUUUCCCAAUCAGCCGGUUAAGAUGACAGAUUCAUAAGGUAGGCCACAGUGUAAAUCUCAAGUGCAAAAGUUUGGACACCAGUUGCUAGAAGCAUCUAACUUAGCAAACAUAAACAUGGGACCUCUUUUCUGAAGGAUAUGUUUUUGACCAUUUUUUGUAUUCAUUUGAUGAUGCCUUGAUAUAGGAAAACAUAAAAAAAUAUAUAUAUGCAGCAUUCAAAAUAUUCCUUGACUAUGUCUAUAUUUCUCUGUUUUUUCCCCCUCAAUAUUAGCGAUAACUGAGCUUUAACCCUUUCGGACCUGAAUAAUGUGCUGAAGUGUUGAAAAAAUGUCAUUAAUAAAAAUAAUGCUAUUUUCUGUCUGCAGUGCACACAAAGGAACACUCUAGUAUUAUAAUAUAAAAUAUAUAUUAACAUUAAAUCCAAUUAACUCAAAUACGUAUGUUUUUUUAUGUUUAUUGGAUUGGAAGCCUGUUCUUAGCAUUUUGUUUUAGAUUUGACAUAGAUCUUUUUGUUUACAAGCCAUUUCUAAAAUAAACACUAAAAUGAGCAUGAAAAAAACAUGUUAAAAAAAAUAGCUCUUUUAAUUUGCCUCUUUGGCUCUAAUGCUUGUUUUUUUAAGCUAUUGUUUUAUUGGCUUAUUAAUGUUUUUAUCUUUGGCUCAUUUAUAGUAUAUUCUGAUUGAUUAAAAAUAAGUCUCAAUUUGUGCUAUGUGCAAAAAAAGCAUUUAGAAAAAAUAAGAAAAUUCAGGGUCUGAAACGGUUAAAACGAGUAAGUUGUGAUUUCCGACUUGAAAAAUCAACAAGACAUGGAAUAUAACCAAUUUGGUGCCAAAGCUUAUGCAUAUGUGUGUAAUUAAGCUCCAGAAAGUUUGGACAAUCCUUCUCUUUUUCAAUGUGUUUUCUUUAUUUUCAUGACAAUUUACAUUGUAGAUUCUCACUGAAGCAUCAAAACUAUGAAUGAACACAUGUGGAGUUUUAUGUACUGAACAAAAAUGGUGAAAUAACUAAAAAUAUAUAUAUUCUAGUUUCUUCAAAAUAGCCACCCUUUGCUCUGAUCACUGCUUUGCACACUCUUGGCAUCAUUCUCUCAAUGAGCUUCAAGAGGUGGUCACCUGAAAUGGUUUUCCAACAGUCUUGAAGGAAGGAGUUCCCAGAGGUGUUUAUUAGCACUUGUUGCCCCUUUGCCUUCUUCACUCUGUGCUCCAGCUCACCCCAAACCAUCUGGAUUGGGUUCAGGUCCGGUGACUGUGGAGGUCAGCUCAUUUUUUGUUCAGUACAUAAAACUCCACAUGUGUUCAUUCACAGUUUUGAUGCCUUCAAUAGUCAUGAAAAUAAAGAAAACGCAUUGAAUAAGAGAAGGUGUGUCCAAACUUUGACCUGUACUGUAAGUGCAAAAGAGUCAGAGGCACUUUUAUGCUCAAAGCAAAUAAAAACAAGGGUUUGUUUUUGCUCUGUCUGUCUGGCUAUUUGGGUAUGAUGAUGUAACUUGGCUUGCAUUCUGCUAAAGGCAUUUCACAAACUUCAGUGAAGGCUAUGUAUUGACCUGUGCUCUGUGCCCACAAACGUUAGACCGUUUAAAAAAAGUCACAAAUUGUGCUCUAAUCUCCCUCCGGUUUCAGAUCAGAAGAUUCGAUUGUGCUUUAUGGACUACAUGUGCUUGUUUUCUUGACUGACACUGAGCGUACUGUUGGGUUUUGUUGGGUUUUCUAUAGAAACUCUAUAGUAACUGUAGUCCAGGACUAGGUUCUGCAUGCUGAAAACUGACCCUACAUGUAUUCUGCUAUUAUGAUGCAAAUAAACAGUAGUUAUGCAACAUUGGGCAAAUGUAAUGUAGUGAAGACAUACAGUCCAAGCAGAUGCAUAAUGUUUACACAUAUGAGCCAGUGGUUGUACAGUUGUUGUUUUCUCUUUUCUUUGCUUUUCGCUGUUCUUUUGUGACUGUGUAGUGCAUGCUGCACAACAUGCCUCUGUAGCAGGCGAGGACGUGCUAUUCAGACCAAUGUGUCAAUAAAAAGAAACUCUGUC